CCGAUGCACGGCCUCAAAUGCGCCUCAAAUCCAUGCUGCUCAGAUCAUUUCCAUGAAAAGUCUUGAAGUCGGAAUAAUGCGACCUAGAUGCGGUGGACAACCAGCAGCGGGGAAUACUACAAGUACGAAGCUGCCAGUAAUAAACAUCGCGAGGAUUCCGUGGGUCUUGCAUGCAGCUGAAUUGGCAUUGACAUCCAUCAACAUCUAUUCCUGCCAAUUGAAAUGCAUGCGAAUACGAGUUCCACCCUUUUCCCGAACUGCAUAAUGGCGUGUCCAAUUUGAGCCUCACGAUGCUAUCCGUGCAUAUUGCGUCUGUUUGUUGAUUCAAUCGGGGGCCUUUUUUUUUUUUUAUUGUAUUCUCCGUUGUUCACCCUCUGGUCUUCACCAACCCGCGAGUAUCUUUCUCCAAAAGAGAUAACCAUGAAGAUUUCGAUUUCAGUCGCAUGGUUGUCGCUGUUAGCGACGAGUGCCUUUGCUCGGUCUACAAGCACCUACGACAGUGAGAUGCUCACGCCUGUCCCGACGCCGCCGGCUGUUAUCAGAGGCUUGCCAGCAGGAGAACUGGAACGAGUGACGGUUACGAUAACAGUAGGAGUUAGUGUUUGGCUGGGUGAUUCCGAGACUUGCACUGGCGCGCCAGCGGGUACUGUCACGGAUACUGUCACUAAUUCAAUCACCGACACCGUCACUCGAACUGUUUUUGAGACUGGGAAGGUCACCGUAACAGACACUGUCAGUGCUCCUGCAGCAACUGUCACAGAUGUCUCGACAAAGACCGUAACAGACACCGUCAGUGGCCCUGCAGCGACUGCCACAGAUGUCUCGACAAAGACCGUAACAGAUACCGUCAGUGCCCCUGCAACGGCUGUCACAGAUGUCUCGACGAAAACGGUUACUAUUGAUCAGUCAUCGGUUCCAACCUCGACAGUGAGAACUACUGUCAGCGGUUCAACAGUCACGUCUACUGUCGAUGGCCCAACAGUGACUACGACUAUCGGUGGCUCAACGAUUACGUCGACUGUCAGCGGUUCAACAGUCACGUCUACUGUCGGUGGCUCAACGGUCACGGACGCCUCCACAGUAACGAUUACCAUGGGCGAGUCAACCGUCGCUGCGCCAGGAACCACCUUUCCAGGAACCACCGUUGUGACGAGCGAAAUGAUUCCAGGGUCUGUCACCACUAUUCCAGGGUCAGUUACAACCCUUCCAGCGUCAACUCUCACGACAUUCAUCAGCCAGCCUGCUAGCACUGUCACUCUGUCUGGAGGCACUAGUACCCUGCCAGGUUCAAUUACUACCGCUACAAUCACGCGUCCUGGUGGUACAGUGACUGUUGUGGGAUCAACUGCAAUAGUCGACACCAUCACAGCUCCAGAAACUACUGAAGCGGCUCCCAUGACCGUGACUGAAAUCACCUCUGGUCAGGGAACGACACUUACACAAAGUUCCGUCGGCACUACCACCGUCUCCAUUUCAGUCUGUUCCAGUCUCAUCAGCAAUCCAACCUAUACGCCUGCUACGCAGCUACCAGCAGACUAUACUUGGGGUUGUCCGCCUGGAUAUCUCUGCCGACCUCCUCAUACGGGUGACCGUGCCGGCUGCAUCGCUGAAGCUGGUGUUCCCGCUGAUGGCUACGUCUGCGCCCCCUCAGAUUGCAUUCCCGCUCCACCCUUGAUUUACAAUCAAUCCGUAGCUACUGAUGAAGAUGGCAACCGCUUCAAUAUUUCCAAGGACUAUUACAACCUUGAUCCGGAUGACUUUGGCCUGGGCUACUCCAUCUUCCAAGUUUUAGGCUCCGCAGCGUCUAAGAGGAAACGCGAUACCAAAUCGUUCUGGGAUUUCCUCGUCGGCCAAAAUGCCAAGAGAGACAUCUCGGAUCUUCCCGGUAAAUGUUAUAAUGGUUGUAAUGAGGCUGCACAAAUGCCACAAUCAAUCGGGAAAACGCCGGAGCUGUGCGAAAGCGACUCGUUCACGACCGAAUUGGGACUUUGUAAGAAGUGCAUCAGCAAUAAUGCUGACUCGGACUCGGAUGAUCGAUAUUCACAAAUAAUGUUGCCGACAUUUGCACAGUACCUGAAUUUUUGCUCUGGUCUGGCGACGACUUCCACGAGUACCGCAGCAGGGACAACUGCUACCAGCACCGCGGCCUCAAUAGAAGCCACUACAACGAGCACUCUUGCCACCAACGGGACUAUUACGACCAUUACUCAGACUGGGGAAACAACUAGCACAGCGCCGACAACUCCAGUAGCUGGACUGAGCACAAUCACGGUGGAGGUGUGUAGGACUGAAAGCGCAUCCACCAAGGGACCAAUGGCCACUGGCAACGUUGAUAGCUCAUCGAUCACAAUAUCCAGUAGUCCCAGUGGCACGGCAACCCCAUCUGCCUCUUCUACUUCAUCCAAUGCGGCAGUAUCAACUGUGGGCGUCCCCCAUAAAGGUUUACUAAGCCUGUUGCUGGCUCUUUUCGCAAUUCCAUUCUUUUAAAAUGCUUGAAUGUUACGAUGUUCUAUUUAUUAUUUGUGAGGUAUAUAUUCACAACGAUGAUGAUGGAUUGAUACGCUGUUUCUAGACUCUUCUGGGCUCCCAACUAUACAAUGCUAAACUUGCGCUACACUGUCAUUGUCCUACACGUAUCAUCCUGUGUAGAGUGGUAUGGCGAGCGCAAAGGGGAAGGUUGCGCCAGAGGCUUAAGAGACAAAACAAUAGCAAAGUGCAUAAAGCGUGUAUGCGGUCAUAAUCAAAAGAUGCUGGCUGCAUAGCCAUAGCCCC